UAAACUGGGAAGCCCUUAGAGAUGCAUAUCCAGCGUUGGAGCUAAAAGGAGAACCUUACCAGGUGGCAGCAGGCCCACAGAGUGCAGAUGACUGUCGCUGACCACCUGGACCCUGGACUGACCUGACCCCAGGGGAAGCAGACGACUGGCUCGGAUCACCCAGACUCCUGGACGACCCGGCCCCACAGGAAGCAGAUGACUGGCCUGGACCACCCGGAUCCCUGGAUGACCCAACCCCGCAGGAGACAGAUGGCUGGCCUGGACCGCCGGCUGGCCCAACCCUGGCAGAGCUUCUGCCAGCAACUGAGGCCCCCGCCAAUCACCUUAGCUCACCAGACCAGCAGACAACUCUGAAUAAUUCACCUUGAACGUCCAUUCCAUCCUGGAGAGGCUACACCAAUAUGGCCUCUAUGCUAAGCUAGAAAAGUGUGCCUUUGAUCAGUCCUCCACAAAAUUCCUAGGGUUCAUCCUCGCUCCUUCUGGUAUCAAAAUGGAUCCAUGCAAGGGGAAGUUCAAGCCGCAAGACUGAGGUCUCCAGGUCUACUUUGGAUUAGCCCUGCAAUAUCUCAUGGAGGAAUUUGAACAAACUGCACAUGGACUGCCUAUUGGACUAUAAACUAUUGAACUGAUUCUGGAAAGACUUAUACAAAUCAGCAGCUGCACCAUCUCUGCUAUGAAACUGACCUAAGAACUUUAUUCAUAUCAAUGGAGGUCACCGGCAACUGAUGGUCCAUCUCAGGAACAUUGGAGGAUCUGGCUCUCUACAGCCAAAGCAGGAGAUCAACAGAUCUGGACUUCACUGGAUCCUUUGGUGGAACACAGGAAUCAGAUGGAGGUCACCGGCAACUGAUGGACCAUCUCAGAGUCUCAGGAACAUUGAAGGAUCUGGCUCUCUGCCACUGAAGCAGGAGAUCAACAGAUCUAGGCUGAUAGUAAAGUCUUCACUGGAUCCUUUGAUGGAAUACAGGAAUCAGAUAUCAGGAAGAUGAUCUGUAGGGCUCUGGAUAUCUGCUACUGUUCAGCAGCAGGGCAACUCUGGUGUAAGAAUGGGACACUGGAAGAUGGAUCAACUAUGUAAAAUAACUAGAAAACAGCCUACUGUUCCUCACCUUACGAUUCUGGGUCUUGUGUGGAAUGAGGUAUGGGUGCUGAACUGAGCUUUUAGAGAAGCCUGACUGGACUAGUAGUAGUGACCGUGCAGAACUGACUUAGCAGUGCCCUGGCUCACUAGGCCAGCAGAAGCAGAGCUGACAUCACAGACCUGGACAAAGUAGCUGUAUGUCAGAGCAACACCUGGCAGAGUAGUUCUUCAUGGAGUGGAGCAGACUAGCAGAAAAGAGGCACCCCCUGACUACUACUGAGCCUUUCUGGUGAAAGAUCCCAAUUAAUUUGAAGCCCAAUCCUGCAGCCCUAACACCGAUGAGAAAUAUUAACUCACAUAAGCAGUCCCAUUGAAGUAACAGAAAUAAGGAUUAAAUGCUUGAGAGUUAUGCCAAUCUCAGCAAAGAAGACAAGGACUUAUUGGGGAAGAGAUUGAACCCUGUCCCUGUAAGGAGAGCCAUAUUAAGUGUGGACUUCAUGUGCACUCAGCAUCUGGAAUUGCAUCAACUCUUGAUAACUGCAUCACAAAGCACUGCUACAGGUGAUUCAGCAGAAGAAAUUGACCUGACUGUGGUUUACCAAGCAGCUGCUAAUGGCGACGUCAACACACUGACUGCAGUGAUUCGUGAAGAUCCUUCAAUAUUAGAAUGCUGUGACAGUGAGGGUUGUACCCCCUUGAUGCAUGCUGUUUCGGGACGCCAAGUCGAUACAGUGAAAUUGCUGUUGAAGAUGGGAGCAAAUAUUAAUACUCAAGAUGCCUGUGGACGCACCAGUUUAUCUCUUGCAACAUAUAUGGGGUGGCUUGAAGGCUGUGUCAGUCUGCUUCGAAAUGGUGCCAAGCAGAACAUACCUGAUAAAAAUGGGAGACUGCCACUGCAUGCUGCUACCGCAGAGCCUGAUGUGAGGCUUCUAGCAGUGCUGCUGCAGCAAUCACAUCUAAGUGACAUUAAUCAUCGGGACAAUGAGGGAAUGACCGCACUUCACUGGGCUGCUUUCCACAAUCGGCCCCAGCACGUGCAAACCCUGCUGCAGAAAGGAGCAGAUCCAACUCUGGUGGACAAAGACUUUAAAACAGCUCUUCACUGGGCAGUACAGAGUGGUAACAGGAUUCUGUGUUCCAUCAUUCUGAGCCAUCACCAGGGUCCAUCGAUAAUAAACUAUGACGAUGAGAAUGGGAAGACGUGUAUGCACAUUGCCGCUGCUGCAGGUUACAGUGACAUUAUCAGUGAGCUGGCUAGAGUCCCGGAGUGCAAUCUGCAGGCCCUUGAUGUGGAUGACAGGACGCCUCUGCACUGGGCUGCAGCAGCUGGGAAAGCUGACUGUGUACAGACACUGCUGCAGCUGGGGAUAGAUAGCAGCUCUCGGGACAUCAAUGAAAACACUCCUCUGACAUAUGCAAUGUACUGUGGGCACACAGCAUGCAUCAAGCUGCUCUCUCAGGAGAACAGUAGAUUGGAGCCAGUCCAUCACCCUCCGUCACAGAACAAUAAAAUCCUAAAGAAGGAAGGAAGACUCAGUAUGCUUAACCAAAUCUUCUCCUGCAAAAAGAAGAAAGAUGAUCAGAAAACAAACCAGAAAGACAGAGGCAGAGACAGAUAUCAAAGGGAAGAGACCUCGGAAGUUGAUGACAUUAUCACUACAUUCGAUUGCAUUAUGGACACAAACUGUAAAGACAACUCCGAGGACUGUAUGACCACUGUUGACUUUAAAAGAAGGAGCACAGACACCCAGAAGUACCUCAUAUCAGAAAAGAAGCAGCCAGCGUGUAAUGGACUUCCUCCAAUAAGAACACAAAGUCUCCCCCCCAUUACUAUAGGCAAUUCUUUUCUAACAACUUCCCAGAGUGCAGCUUCAAGUGUCUCCUUGGGUAGUAAUGCCUACCAUUUUGCACACCGGUCUCAGAAAAGUAGAAGUGAACAUGACUUGUUAGAUCACAGAAGUAGCUGCCAGACUUUAUCAGACAAUCCUUGGAACACAGAUGCUAACCAAAUACUCUCGUAUAAAGUCUGUACUGCAACUUCUUCAGAUAAACUGAUAGAUGGUUUGCUCUCUGAAAGAUCCAGCCAUGUGCUUUUGUGCCCUCCCCACCUUCCCUAUCUGCCUAGUUCUCCAUCAGGGAAAAGUUUUCAACAGAUGUCCCUAGACCGACCCAAAGUAAAAGACCUUACUCCUGUACGGAACAAUCUAGCUCCCAUACCAGACCACUGUGUUCAGAAAAUCCAGCUACCACCUACUGAAGUUUCUCAGGGUGUCAAGAAGUCAAAGUCUCUGUCUUUAAACUCCUUAAGGACUGGCACAACUAUACUCCCACCAGCACUUACCUCCAAAACCCAGAGAGGAGGACUUUCUCAAAGUCAUUCACUGCAUUCCUUCUUACCUGUUCUAUCAGGGGAAUCUCUCAGAACAAGCCGUGUCCUGCCUGCUAUCCCGAGCAAGAAGGGGUCCACUCUCACAGUGGAAUACUUUAAGAAAUCUUCCAGCAAAUCAGACAGUGAAAAUUAGCUCAUCUUGCUGGCCUCUAACACAUAGAUGGAAAUAUUUCUAAGCUUUUUAUUACAAGAUUACUAUACGGUAGAACCUCGCUAAUUCACACUAAUGAAAGCUGAUGUGAACUAGACUGUUAAUGAUUAAACAAUUUAAAAAGCAAGGAUACUGCAUCACACACAGUAUUUUGUGCAUUGUUUUGACAUUUUAGUGUCAUUUUAAUUUAUGAUUAAUUUGAUAGUAAGUAGUAAAUAUACUGUAGUAUAUUUUGUGAAAGGAGACCCUAAUAGACAACCCAACUACAGCACUGUGCUAUUAAAUCUUUGCUGAGAAGUAGGGCUAGAAUGCCAGGAUUUGUGUGAUAAGUCAUAAGGUGUUUGGACAAGUGAAACAUGAGUUUGUGAGGUUUUACUAUAGUUCACAAAGCAAAGGCUCUGAUGCUGAAAACCAAUUUUUUUUAAAACUAAAAUUCUGAACUCUAAAGAAACAUCAGUUUUGGUAAAUCAGCUGUUAUUUUCCAAUUUAUUUCUAACACAUUUUCUACACUGUGAAUUUGUGAUUUUUGUGAUCUCCACAUGCCAAAAAAGAUGUAAUACAAAAAACAAAUCUUUGCAGGACAGACAGGGACAUACCACGGGCCUUUCAAAAUGUUUGCUGAUUGCACAGAUUGAUUUAUGUAUCUGAUUUACUUAAUUCUUUAUAUUCUUCAAUAACAAGACGCUGUAUUAUUUUCAUAUAACAAGGAUAAUUCAAUC